AUGAUGUUUUUUUUUAUCGAUGGCUUCUGUCGUCGUCGUUUGCCGCCGACUUUAGAGCUGGCGAUUGGUGACAUCGUUGUCGACUUUGUGUACCGGCAUGUGAUUUGUAACACGUCCGGAGAGUUCUCCGGGAAACGGUAUCCGUCUUCCGAGUCGGCAUCCACGUACGGUGCUGUAAGCGAAGAACUACAGCAAAUCCUGGCGCCCAACACGCAUCGGAAUAAGACGAGGACGACCGUCAAAAGAUUAAUGCAAAAACAAGAAUCGUCAGUCAUUUUGGUCACGAUAUUUUUACGAUGA